AUGUGGUGUCAGAAUCUUCUUUGGGAGUGCACCAAAAGUCAAACCUUCCAAGGCCUUCAAACCUCCAGGAAAUGUCAAGGUCAAGUGUAUGGCUCCAAAGAAGAAACAAGUACUAAUGCGUUUUGUGCCAUCAAUGACUGUGUGGUUGGCGGUGUCAUAAUGACUCAACAUGGUGUGUGUCGCGGUACGUCAAUACUUCCUAAUUGGCCCUGGACUGAGCCUCUCAUGGGUCCAAGUGGUACACGAUGGCGCAAAGUUAUUGAAUGGGCGAAUGUGACUGGUGUGUUACCGUCUCCUUGUAGGUGUGGAGGUGGUAGUGAAUUUCUUUAUCUGGUACGAAGAUCACCAAAGGUGAGAGAUGUAAAGGAUAUGGAUGGAGUGUCUUAA